UGGCACUAUAAAUAUAAUAAUUCAGAUAUUAGAAGUAGUAUUAGAAAGAAAACAGAGUAUGGAGCGAUCAGUAGAUGAGAGUGAUUUUAACCUCAAUGAAUGGGGCGUUAGAGCUCGAAGGAUCAGCCGCGAAAACACCAAAUCCAGAAGAUUCUCAGCUUCAAAUUUGAAGAGCUUGAGAGAAGAAGCCGCCUCCUUCAGAUCAAACGUCACCGUUUCCAGCACUGCUUCCUCGCCAGGCUACACCAUCAGAGAGGAAAUCGAUCCUUCCACAUAUUCCUUCUCAACCGCUCUCAGAGCGUUGCAAGCGAAAACAGCGUACGCGUGGGAGGCGCCGCAGCCUCGAGAUGGAUUGAUUCUGAAUUCGAAAUGGAACGAAGCGGAAAAAUACAUAAGCAAUCCGUUAUCAGGAGAAGUUCCCCUGGAGUGCUUAUCGGCCAAAACCCUAAGCGGCAGAUCCUUCCGCGGCCUCGCCACCAGAAUCAGCAUGUCCGCGCCGCUCAUCUACCCUUCCCAAAUCCACCUCGAAAAACCACAGGCGGAGAAGAAGACGAGAGACGUGGGGACGCAAAGCACGCCGAUAGAUCUGAGCUCGAGCAGCCCGACGCCGGCGGCGACGCCUUCGAUUGAAGAUCGACCGAUGAAGAUAUUGACGAGUGAGGCGGAAGGGGGAGAUUCAUCUGUUUCGUUCAAAUCGGAAACCGCAACGCCAACAGAGGUAGAAGAGAAGGAAACAAUAGAGGAAGAAAGAAAUGGAGGAGAGAGAAAAAAGCAGUGGGGGAUGGGAUGCUACUGCUUAUCCUUGAGGGGUCUGUAUAUCAUGAGAGCACAAAGGCACAAAGAAAAACACAAAAGGGGAACAAACAAUCCUACCUUUCUUGAUCAUCUCAAUGCCUAGCUUCACUGCUACAACUUUGUCACAAAAUAGAAAGAUUCUCCAUUCCCCUCUUCCACUUACCUAUGCUCAUAUUGCACAUCAAAACCAUUCAUAAUAUGCAUGCAUGUUAGUUAUGGUUAUAUUUUUUUACCAUCUAGUAUUAUCUCCAAUGAUGUAAAAUAUAUUCUUUAAAUUGUAUAUCAAGCUUUAAUUUUUAUGAA